CUAUAAAUACUAAGUCAGAGGUUGUACAGUUUGCAGAAUACAAAACAAUUUUGUGUUCAAUGAGUUUGAAGAUGAACGUGAGAACUCCCUCUACCAUCUUCCUGCUCUCCCUUCUCUUGCUUUCAAGUGUUAUUGAUGCAAGAAAAGAUCCUGGAGACUACUGGAAGAGUAUGAUGAAUGAUGAGCCCAUGCCUAAAGCAAUAACAGACCUUAUCCAUCAUGACACUGCAGAAGAAUCAAAUCAUUUUCUGAGAAAUUUUGACACCAAACCUAAUGUUAUAAUAUAUCACAGUCAUGUUCAGUCUGCAAAAAUGAAGCCUUCUCCUCUAGAGGGUUAGUCUACGUCGACCGGCCGAUCAAAGGAGGACAUGUAUCUUCUGCAGAAGAUGUUGAGGAUACCUUGAAUUUGAACUUAUGAUUUGUAGGGAUUGUAGUAGGUUGAAUUGAUGAUGAUGUUGUAGUAGUUUAUGUUGUCUUUUAAUUGUUGUCUUUGUAAGAAAUCAGAUCUUUCUUUUAAAACUUGUGCUUUUCAAAUUA